CAAAAACUAAACAAACAUUGUACUUACCAUUGUACAAGCAACAACGUGUAUGCGGCAGCAACAACCAACGCCAGUAUCCGCAGCAGCAGCGUUAAGGUUUCAACGGCAUCAAUGGCGGCGCGUGAAAACUAACAACAUACUCGUAUAAAACGCAGGGAUCUCAAUGCACCCGACUCAGUUUGGAGUUGGCCAGAAAUCAAAACGGUUCUCUGCUGGCCAGCUACAGUGACAAAACAAAGGAUUUUGCUUGAUUAAAUACUAAGCGCGCUUAUAAUAAUACAUCAAAGUGUUUUAUAUAUAUAAUAUAAAUAAGUACAUAUAAAAGUAGAAAUGUGCAUACUUGUAUAUGAAGUUAAGUGUAUCCCUUUAAUAAAUACAUAUGUAUGUGCAUGUAUAUGCAUAUAACAGUAAAUAUGCUUGUGCAGUUAUUUACCGAAGAUGUGUGCAAAAAUUAUGUUUUGCUUUGAAAUGUGUUCAACGUUGUUAAUUAAACAUUUUAGAAAAUUACCAAAAAUAUAUUGUUUAUGAUAAUGUGGUCGAGGAAAUAAUACAAAACACCAAUGUAAUGAUUACAUGUGGCGGGUUGAGGUCAGUGUCAAUGCCAAAGCAUCAAAUUCGAACACAGGGUCAGAAGCUGUGAGUAUAUUUGUGGAUUUGCGCUUUGUACUCUUAACUGUGCUUUGGCGCCUAUGCUUAUGCUAAGGUGGCUUGUUUAUUACCGACCGUGUGUUUAUGCGCGUGACGUGUUGCCGUUAUGCAUAAUUUAUACUCAGUCACAUGUAACAAUGUAAGCUUUGGAUGUUUACAACCUCGACUCGUGAAUUUCGUGCUUCUCAUCCUCGCGCCUAACAUGCCGUUGAGUUUUUAUGUGGACCUGAAAAAUUUUUAAUGUGAAUUUUAUGCUCUCCAGCGGGAAUGGUUAAAUGAUGAGAGUUUUGUGCACCCACGAAUGAAUAUAAAUUUUUAGCAGUAUAACUUACCCAUAUAAAUUUAGUCAUAGUGUAGCCUACCAGUAUAGUUAUUGUUAAUGGCGUAAAAUACUAGUGGUUAAAUAUACGUAUAUACAAAUACAGUAGUUUUAGUAAAAGUUUGUGUGGCUUACUAAUAACUUAAAUUACCGUUUGCAAUCACUUAAUUUCUGGUUUAAGUAGUACCGUACAUAUAAUCACAUAGUAUUAGUGCUAAAUUUAAAGCAACCAAAAGCGGGCACAAUAUAUUUAUCGAUUAACAAAUUGAAGUACUUUAAUGCAUUGCUGAAGUAUACUUAUGUGGGCAGUUGUAGUCCUACCGUGAAUGAAUCGUGUCAUUAAUUACGGGAACCUCAUUAUAAAAAUUAUAAUGUUGAUAUAGCAUAAUGGCAAACAUUACAAAAAGCAAUAAGCUACAGGGGAUAAUUUAAUGCAUGGAAAACUUGUGUGAGGCAUUGACAAACAAAAACACCAAAAAUAUGGAAUACAAAAUAUUACAAAUAUUUACCUGCGAUACAUAUGUAUAUAUUUGCUAACUAAUACAAAAUCUAAGGCAUCAAGAAUAUAUAUUUCAACAAAGAAAAUAACUUAAGGCAAGCCAAAAUGUCACUAACGGUAAAAAUUGUGCAAUUUCAAUUGCCAAAGACUAAAUCAAAUUUAAUCGCACGCGUUGAAUUUCGAGGUGUUGCUCAUAUAACAUCGGAGCUGACUGCAGACUCAAACAUUAUAGAUGUCAAUCAGUCGUUUAUUUGGCCGCUGGCUCGACCGGCCACAGAUGAAGAGCCACUCAUCGUCGAGUUGCGCACACAAACCACAAAGACGUUGCUACGCACCGGACUCAGUCAUGCCUCUGGCGGCUUGAUGGGUGGCGGUGGGAAUAGUAGCAGCGGCGGCAGCAUGAGUGGCAUCAUCAGCAGUAGCAGCAAAUGUGUUGGCCAAUAUAUUGUGUUGAUGCAAGGUUUAAUCAGCGCUGGCUACAUACGAAUUGAAGACCAAUUGGUGGAUAUAUCUUCCAACAAACCAAUACAGGCACUUGUUGUAUUCGAAGCGAGAUACACAUCGCCCGACGAUGCUGCUGGCAAUUUUGAGCCGACCAAUCUGGUGCGACCCAUACAGGAGCAGCACAACAUUAGCUGCAGCAGCCAAAGCUUGGACGAUGAUCAACAGAUGCUUCUCGACAUCGAGCAGAACAUAGCUAAUCUGGAGCGUAGUCUGAAUCGAGAAUCGGGUGGUCAUGGUACAAGCGGCGCUGGAACCACCUCCAGCGGCAGCGAAUCGCACGGCACACAAAAGAAGAGGCAUCUGCUGCGACGAGUUAUGACCGCUGCCCAACACAGCACCACAAGCGUCACCACAAACCGUCAAAGAAUCGAACUGAAAUUCGAUAAAUUUGGCAAAUCACCCACAACGGGCCGCAGUGGCAGUAUCACCACACUACUCACCACCACACCCAACUCAAAUGCCCACCCCAACGCCAGCACCACCAACACCGCGACAGACAGCAAAAGCGCUAGCGCACUGGCCGCCGCUAUGCGCGCCUCCGAAAGUCCACCGUGCAAGGAGAAGAAACUUUCUAUGCGCACUGUGCGAAACCUUAUGCGUCUGGGUCGCAGCAGACAGACAUCGCAGUCGCGUGACAGCAGCACCGAAGAUGAAGGCAGAUCACCGUUAAUUUUCGAACCGGAUGCGGCGCCCACUACAGCCACUUCAGCUACUGAAGUUGAAACCGAUGAUGCGUUGCACACACGCCGCCUCACAAUUAGAGAUAAAUGUGGUGAGGGUGUGUCUAAUCACGCAACCGGCGCAGAGAGUGGGCAAUCGAAUCAAUCAAGUGACGUUGAGGAGUUACAACAACAGCAACACUACGAUAAAGGCAAAAUGAUCAAAGCAAUGACACGCGCUGCCGACCAUCUCAAGUCCCAAGACUUUCAAGUUUGCAUUACAGUGAUUGAAGCACGUCAGCUGCCUGGCCUCAACAUGGAUCCAGUUGUAGGCAUUCAAGUGGGUGAUCAAAAAAAGUACACCAGCGUCAAGGAGAGCACCAAUUGCCCUUACUAUAAUGAGUAUUUCGUUUUUGACUUUCACAUGCCUCCGGUGAUGCUCUUUGAUAAGAUUAUAACUUUGUCGGUUAUUCAAUCACGGAAAUUUUUACGAUCGGGAACACUUGUUGGUUCUUUUAAGAUUGACUUGUCUACAGUUUACGAUGCACCGGAUCAUCAAUUCUACCACAAAUGGGCAUUACUUACCGACCCCGAUGAUUUUUAUAGUGGUCCGAAAGGUUAUCUGAAAUGUGAUAUUGGUAUUAUUGGCAAAGGUGAUACCGUAAAGGUGCCUCAAAAAUCUGAAAAGGAUCCUGACGACAUCGAAGCUAAUCUACUGCUCCCAGUUGGCGUACCUAUUGAGCGUCAACGUGCUAAGUUUAUUGUGAAAAUAUACCGUGCCGAUGGUCUACCGCGCAUGAAUUCUUCGCUUAUGGCCAAUGUAAAGAAAGCUUUUACUGGCGAAUCGAAAGAUUUGGUGAGCCCUUAUGUGCAGGUUUCCUUCGCUGGGCUAAUGGGUAAAACGACAGUUAAGAAGAAUGCUUAUGCACCUGUUUGGAAUGAACAAUUAGUAUUCACCGAAAUGUUUCCCCCACUUUGUCAGCGUAUUAAGAUUCAACUGCGCGAUGCCGAUCCAAUGAAACCGGCUAUUAUUGGUACACAUUACAUUGAUCUUAAACAGAUAUCGAACGACGGUGAUAGAGGCUUUCUUCCCACCUUUGGACCUUCGUUCAUACAUCUUUAUGGUUCCACGCGUGAUUAUACGCUGCUCGAUCAGCAUUCGAACUUAAACACUGGUUUGGGGGAGGGUGUCAGCUAUCGCGCACGUCUGCUACUCGCCAUACGCACUGAAAUAACGGACAACGUGGAAAUGACAACGGAGAAGAACGUCGAACUGGAACCAGCAUAUCCGAUUUCAGAGUCCUCUUACUCACGCAAUGAAGAAUUCUUUCUUUUUGGUUCUAUUAUAGAGGCUUCAAUGCUAGAUAAGAAAGUUAGCGACAAGACGGUUUUCUUCGAACUUAGUAUGGGCAAUGCAGGUAAUUCUUUAGACGGGCAUAAUGAAAGCUUCUCUACGGCCACAGAGGAUGGUGAGGAUGGCUGUGUGCUGGAAACGGUCGAUACGACAUCUUUCAGCAGCGUCACAAACGCUUGCAAGCCUAUCAGUCAUGAUAAGUUACAUUAUUAUUUGCCUUAUUGGGACUACAAGCCAUGCAUGGACGUGCGAUGCACACUUCCAGAUCUAAGACGGCGUAUGUAUAAUAGUAAUAUGUUAUCGAAGAUGUCCGAGAAGUUGGAGGAGGGUUUGAUGAAGACGAAAAAACUGAUAGAAGAGGAAGACGUGAAGGCGGAAGUUCGCUUACGCACCACACUUGAAGAUCUAGCCUCAGCAUGUACUUGUUAUAUAAGUAUAACCAAGGCGAAUGCCGUUGGACCGGGAAGUGGUAAAACAAAGCUGGACAAAGAACGCAUUAAACUGUGUCAGAAUGAAAUUGAAAAUCUGGGCAACUUGGCACGCAAUCUCCGCGCGCUGGUGACUCGAAGUUCGCUCAAAGAGCGUUUUAAGACUGCACAGACGUUCCAGCAAAAACUUAAAUUUCUUAUCGACGAUCCGCAACACUCAUUACCAGAUAUUUUCAUUUGGCUCAUCGCCAAUGGAAAACGAUAUGCUUACCAUCGCAUGUCUGCUCGCGAUUUAAUUUACUCCAAUAUCGAAGAGGAAAGUGGUGUGCAUUGCGCUAAAAUACAGUCCAUCUUCCUGAGAUUACCUGGCAAACAGUCCAUAGGUCCAGCCAGCUGGUUUAUACAAGCCAAACUUUCUAUUUACCUAUGGUUAGGCGUUGUAAGUCAUAAGGGACAUUUCUUCGAAGGUCUACCUAUUGGCUAUGAUCUGUCGCAUGAGUUGCGUAAUGCGGAAAGACCUGGCGCUAUGGCACCGAAUAAUAUACAUUAUCUCGAAAAAUCUACAUUUCAACUACGCGCCCAUAUUUAUCAGGCACGUUCUCUAAUUGGUUCCGAUGCGUCUGGACUCAGUGACCCCUAUGCUACUGUAUAUAUUACGGAAUUUGCUAAGACAACACAAGUCAUCGAGGAAACUUUGAGUCCUACUUGGGAUGAAUUACUGGUUUUUGAUGAAAUUCUUGUUUUCGGGAGAAAAGAUGAAAUUAAGAAAGAUCCACCUACAAUUAUUAUUGAGAUUUACGAUCAAGAUAAAGUGGGCAAGUCGGAAUUCAUUGGACGUGCCAUUGCAAAACCACGUGUAAAACUACGGGAGAAUGCCUACACUACACCAACGCUAGAAUGGUUUGACAUUAUCCGGGGUCAUGAGAAUGCUGGCGAAUUAUUAGCUGCUUUUGAAAUGCUCGAAAUCGGCUCCACUGAUAUGCCACGCUUAACAGAACCAAAACAACUACCGAGUAAUCAACAGGAGAAACUGAAAGAGAAAAAUGCGCCACCGCCACCAGGUACAAUUUUACCGGUGCCGAAAGAAGUGCGUCCACAUUUGGCGAAAUUCAAACUAGAAGUGUUAUUUUGGGGAUUGCGUGAUGUCAAGCGUGUACACUUGAUGUCAGUUGACAAACCCCGUAUUGAUGUUGAGUGUUCGGGCAAAAUUCUGAGUUCCAAUAUUAUACAGAAUGCAAAGAAAAAUCCGAACUUCCCAAGUAUGCUGAAAUCUAUUGAAUUAGAACUACCACUGGAAGAAACGUAUGCACCACCAAUAACUAUACGUUGCGUGGACUGUCGCUCGUUCGGUAGAUACACUUUGGUAGGGACCCAUCAAAUUACAUCGAUGCACCGCUACAUUUAUAAACCACCAACAAAGGAAGACAUCACUAAAUAUAAAACUAUGGGAGGACAUAUUAUACUUUCAGCACCGCUGAAUGAAGAGGGCUUGAGUAAUCUCGUUGACGGUUUCAAUAUGCAAGCGAUGAUUGCGGCAAAUGCGCAUCAGGCGAAUAUGAAAGACUUUUAUGGAAAUCGUCGUUCAUCUUGCGAUCAAUUUACCCUCUACGGUGCCGCCUGUGUUACAAAAUUGGCCAAAAAGCAAGCAUCGAAGAAAAGAUCAGCGCAAAUAAAUAAUGUAAAUGAGAUAAUGAUCGAUCAGGAUUAUGACGACGAGCUUAGCCGCGAUUGGUGGACUAAGUAUUUUUGGUCCUACGAACGGCUUAUCGAUUUGACGAAAACGGAAAAAUCGCACACUACCGAAAAAUUUCUAGCCCCGCCACCCAACGCCACCACUACCAAUGUACAAAAGUUUGGCAUCAAAGGCGCUAAGCUGGUGCAGAAGCUGAGUCCAGCGCGUGCUAAGCAUGACCCCAAUAGCGAAAAGGUAUCCCCCAACCAGCAGACUAAUAGGAACAAUAUGAAUACGACAGCUAUGUGUCAGAUUUACCCUAAUGAACUAGAGGCACAACUAGAAUACAAUUACUUCCGCGAAUGGCUUCAUUCCUUUCCACUUUACCGUGGAAAGAAGACGGGCGAUUCCACCGAAGACGACAAUCGCACUGUUGGAUUCUUUAAAGGAGCUAUAAAAGUGUACAAACUACCACCUCCAAAAGGCACUGAAUUGCCUAUACUGAAUUUACCCACCAAUGAUCCACUACAUGUACUUGUACGUAUCUAUAUAAUAAAGGGAACCGACUUACACCCAAUGGACUUAAAUGGAAAAGCAGAUCCAUACGUUGUGUUACAAUUGGGUAAUAAGAGAAUAUCGGACAAGGAGAACUACGUUAGCAAACAACUGAACCCGAUAUUUGGAAAGUGUUUUGAAGUAGAGGCAAUCUUUCCGCAAGAUUCAAUGCUUACGGUGCAAAUAUUGGACUGGGAUUUAGUAGGAUCUGAUGAUCUGAUUGGCGAAACGAGAAUUGAUUUAGAAAAUCGGUAUUAUAGUAAGCAUCGAGCAACUUGCGGGAUAGCUCUAAGAUAUGAAGUAUGCGGAUACAACCAGUGGCGCGAUCCUAUGAAACCCACACAAGUACUUUCGAAGUUGUGCAAAGAAAACAAAUUAGACACCCCACAUUAUUUUCAAGAUCGAGUAGCGAUCGGCAAAUAUUGCAUGACCUUUUCUGAUGAGGAGGUAAUAGCAUGGAAUGGACCGACAACUUGUAGAAAUCGUGAUGAACAUCUGGCUCUUGCGGUGCUGCACAGAUGGAGUGAAAUACCCAAAGUGGGUUGCAAGAUUGUGCCCGAGCAUAUAGAGUCACGUCCUCUAUACAAUCCUGAAAAGCCCGGUAUAGAGCAAGGUAAAAUCGAAAUGUGGGUCGAUAUGUUUCCCAUGGAUAUGCCCUUACCAGGUCCACCAGUGGAUAUAUCACCUCGCAAGCCGAAGGAGUACGAAUUGCGCGUCGUGAUAUGGAACACCGAUGAUGUUGUGCUGGAAGAUGAUGCUUUCUUCACAGGAGAAAAAAUGUCAGAUAUUUAUGUAAAAGGUUGGCUUACGGGACCGCAAGAUAUGCAGUCAACAGAUAUACAUUAUCGUUCACUUACUGGUGAGGGUAAUUUCAACUGGCGUUUCAUCUUUCCAUUCGAGUAUCUGGCGGCAGAAGAACGCAUUGUGCUCUCUAGGCGCGAGUCACUAUUCAGUUGGGACGAAACAGAGGUUAAAAUACCAGCGCGACUCGAACUACAAGUAUGGGAUGCAGAUCACUUUUCAGCUGAUGAUUUCCUUGGUGCGAUUUCCUUUAAUUUGAAUCGUUUUCCACGAGGAGCAAAAACCUCCAAACUAUGCACAUUGGACAUGCUCAAAUCGGAUACCACAUUGCCCACCGUGAACAUAUUCAAGCAAAAACGUGUGCGUGGCUGGUGGCCGUUCUAUGUGAAGAAACAGAAUGAAGAAAUGGAGCUAACUGGCAAGGUGGAAGCUGAGUUCCAUUUACUUACAAAGGAAGAGGCCGAACAGAAUCCAGCCGGUUAUGGACGCAGCGAGCCGGACCCACUAGAGAAACCCAACCGACCUGAUGCUUCGUUCAUGUGGUUCCUCAAUCCGCUUAAGUCAAUACGCUACAUUGUCUGGCAUAAUUACAAAUGGGCUAUACUAAAGGCGCUGCUUAUAUUUGCUAUUUUCUUCUUUUUCAUUCUCUUCGUUUAUUCAGUGCCUGGAUAUUCGGUCAAGCGGUUGCUGGGCGCCUAAAGGAAAUCGUAGUACUAGUUUUGCACUACUAACUACUAACAUCCUCAUUUUCAUCUUCUAAAGCAUAUUCGCCAGAUUUAGGUUAUGUUAAACCGUAAGUGUGUUUUAUUGCCCUAAAAUUGUCUAAUCCAUAACUUUAAAAUUAAGAGGGCAAAGUGUCGCUUAGAUGCAAAAAUCAGAAUCUAUGCAGAUAGAAUUAAGAUGUUUAGCAAGACUUAUAGCAAAUUCCUAAUAUUAGUUUCCCUUCCAAGGAAGGGAAGAAGAAAGUUUUUAACCAAAGAAAGAAAUUUGUGGAUAAAUUUGUAAACAAACUCAGUUGGGUUGCCCUUGUUUUUACAAGUGAAGACAAAUUUUUGUUCUCCAGAGUUCGUUUGGAAGAGAAUUUUCCAAAAGACGUGAAUCAGGGUAAGGACGAAUAUGACUAAUUCUCUUAUUGAACUCAAUUUACACAACACAACAGCAAUCCCCAAAUACUUCUAACAUAUUUCGAAGGAUUCUUCAGCCUAUUUAUUUUUACGAUAUAACCCAGAAAUUUUCAAGAAGCACCCAGAGUGCAGUAGGCUAUAAUUUUCAAUGUAGAUAUUUGUAAAAGUAAAACGUGGGAAGUAUGAGGCAAUUCUAUAAUACUUAAGUUUCAUAAAAAUCAAAACUUUUAUAGGAAAAUGUGUCUAAUAAGAAGUGCUCAUGCGGAAAUGGUACGCUGUACCUGAUUUUACUUGUAGUGUCAAUCAUAUCAGUAAAAGUAGUUAGAAUAAAUUGCAGAAUGACUUACGAAUAACUGUUUCAGGGGUUUUGCUAAGUGUGAUGAACAGAAUAUACAAAGAAUUAGCAAAUUUUGAGGGAUAUAUAUUCUAUAUUUUGAGAAGCGUUUGUACACAAUGAAGUAACGGCAUGUAGUGUUUGUGCGAUAGUGAAACAAAUUGUAUGAGGUAGUAAAAAUCUAAAUCUCAAACCAAAAUUUAGUGUGUUGUACUUACGAAUUUUACAGAAAACUUGCAACAAUGUACCCUAAAACAAUCAUAUAUACAAACACAAAUACAUUUCACUUACGUACUUGUGCUCUAUACGUACAAUAUAUUUCAAUAUUAAUACUUAAACAAUUUGAGAUAAUUUAUACAGCAAAGUCCUGUUGUACAAAUUAAAAAUAAAAGUAACAGCGCAUAUAAAAAUUAAGGACUUAAGGAUGUGUUGUGUUUAUUAAAUUGCUCAACUGGGCUUAUAUAUUUAUAAAAAAAUCUUUAAAAUUGUUAUUAAAUUUACUACGUACGACUUACGAUUUACCAUUUAAUAAUACACUAGAAAAUUUUGUAUAUUGUGCACUUGACAUUAUUUGCUCAACAUCAUCAUUUAUUAAUAAAUAUUUAUUAAAAUAUAUAUAUAUGUUAUAAUAAUAAAUUAAUAAAAAGUCGUUCACAUCCAA